AGCAGGUCUAACCUGAUCUGUUGCGAGCGACACCUCGGAAGUUAUCUGAAGCAUCCUAUUCCACAUGACUUCUUUCGUUCCGAGCGCAGCUCUCAUUGAGCAGUACCAUCGUGACGGGUAUCUGCUGCUUCGGGCUGAAGAGCACGGCCUGGUAGAUCCAAAGGACUUGCAGGAGUGGACGAAGCAAGUAAGAGAAUGGCCGGCUGAGAAGGGCAAAUGGAUGCCAUAUCAUGAAGUGAACGUCAGUGGUGAGCGACAGUUGAUGAGGACGGAGAAUUUUGUCGAUUACCAUGCCGACUUCAAGAGGUUGCUGUGCGGAGAUGCGAUCAUGCAGAUAUUGAAGAGUAUUUCUGGGGAUGAUAUGCUCCUGUUCAAGGACAAGAUCAACUACAAGCUGCCAUUUGGAAAUGGUUUCGCUGCCCAUCUGGAUGCUCCUGCUUACGACCACAUCGGGAAGAUCGAGCAUCUGACUGCCAACUUUUCCGUUGACGAAGCGACGCCCGAGAACGGCUGUAUCGAAGUCGUGCCCGGCUCACAUGAAAUGGACGUCGACUUCUCCCAUGGAGGUGCUAUCACUCAGGCAUGGCAGGAUAGUCAUGAGUGGACACAGGUCCUGCUUCACCCAGGAGAUAUUUUGUUAUUUGGUAGUCAUCUUGCGCACAGAAGUGGCCCAAACCGCACAAACAGCAGCCGGAGCAUGAUUUAUGCGACCUAUCAUGGAAAGAGUGACGGCGAGAAUCUCCGACAAGAAUAUUAUAGGCAUCGAAGGGAGAAUUUCCCUCCUGACAGCGAGCGUGUCGAGGGGAAGGACUACUCGCAGGGGUACAAGAGGUAUGCUUUCGCAGCGCCCUUCAUGUCGGAGCAGCAAGCAGAACAAGAGAAGACUCGCGUGGAAGUUGUUCAUUAGAGGUUUGGCUGCAUCAUGUUGACUUGUGUAAUACUGUCACGAACAUGCAAAAAUGUAUGCCCGUGCCGCAUCUGAG